ACCUUGUGGAUUAUGACGUUUAGUAGACGAAUAUAAAAGCGGUUUGCAACCAUCUCGAGUUUAGUAAAUGUUAUUCUUGAUAACGUUUCAGACAUGAAUCCUCUUGCAACCGUAUCGUUGCUUCUUCUAUACAUUUAUUCAAUUGAUGCAUCGUGUCCACAGGACCAGUUGGCAGUUUAUAAAAUGAUUUUUCAUACAGAAUGGUCAAGAGAGAAAUUCCCUAAACAGUAUCCUGAAUGGAGACCCAAUGCUCAAUGGUCGAAAGUUGUGGGAGAAACACAUAAUGGUUCACGUAAAUUGUGGAGUAUGGGAGAAUAUGCAACAACAGGAAUUAAACUUUUUGCAGAAACAGGUAGAUCUGAAUACAUAGAAGCUGAAAAUAAAAGUGGAGUUUUUGAUAAUUUCUAUGCAAAACCUAUAAAAGUGGGGGUAGGAAAGACGGAAGCAACGAUUUUUCUUGACGGAAAUCACACUAAAGUAUCGAUAAUUAGUAGAAUUGUACCAAGUCCUGAUUGGUUUGUCGGUGUCGAUAGUUUUAAUCUCUGUACAGAUAAUAAAUGGUUAGAUGCAGUAACAUUAGAUCUUGAUCCCAUUGAUGCUGGAACAGAAAAUGGUUUCACUUUCACAGCUCCUAAAUGGUCGACAAAUCCAGCAAUGAAAAUAUCACAGAUCACUUCACAGUUUCCUAAUCAUCAAGCCAAUUCAUUCUUCUAUCCAUCACUACGUAAACUUCCAAGAAUUGCUUACGUGCAGUUUGUCAAAAAUAAAGAAUAUAGUUUAAGAGAAGUCUUUCAACACGAUCCUAAUAAAAAUAUAGAAACAGUCGUAGCUGAUAAACCACCCCCAGCUUACGACAUUUACGUAAAUGAUGGAGUCAAAGUAGCCAAAACAUCAAAGGAGAAUACUAUAAUUAACUCACUUAAAGUCAAAAAUAAUAAAAAAGGACGUCGAAGAAGGCCAAGAAAUUGUAGGGUAAGUGAAUGGUCAGAAUGGAGUGAUUGUAGUAAAACUUGCGGAUUUGGUGAGAAAAAAAGAGAAAGAAAGGUAUUAAAACACGCAUCAAGGGGUGGAAAACCUUGUCCGGCAUUGUUUGAAGUACAUUGGUGUGGAAGUGCAAGCAACUGUCGCAAGAAAGAAUCAUAUUUUUCUUGGCAGAGUUAAUUCUCACACCAUACAGCAUAUGCCAUUCAUAUGUUUGAUAACAUUGAAUCAUAAAUAGAAAAAAACUUGAUCCAAAAAGAUUAGAGAGGAAAAAAAUCAAAAAACAAAAUUAUGUAUAAAUAAUAAGAUUUAUUUAACAAUAAAUUUCACUAUCUAAAACCAUUACGACUAAAGAGAUGAUAGGAAAAAAAAA